GCUCCUGCGGGAGGUUCCAAUCUUUGCGGCGAGGUGUGCCCUGUUCGGGUUGUUGCCCGUUUUCGACCUCCAGUUUCUGAAGAAGAGCAGGAGGAGAACCCAGCGUUCACCGUGGAUGCUGCAGGUGUAGUUGAGUCUGCUGACCACUUGCACUGUUUCCGGUUGGACAGCGCGUUCGGUCAGGAAACAAGCCAACAGCAAGUUUACGAAGAUGUAGGUCGACGUGUGGUGCAAGAUGUGCUGUCCGGAUAUAAUGGUACCAUCCUGGCCUAUGGACCUACAGGGUCUGGCAAGACCUUUUGCAUGUUCGGGCCACCGCAGGGUCGAAGUCCCCGAGAUCUGGAAGGGCUGGUGCCGAGGGCUGUGGAGCAGGUCCUACAGCACGUCCAACAAAGUGCAGGCACCAAGCUGCAGUGCAGCUUUUUCGAGGUCUAUUUGGACAGGGUGCGCGACUUCCUGAGUCCAAAGACGCCGAACCCACAGUUGAAGGAGUUCCCCGGUGGCGUGGAAGGUCUCACCUACAAGGAGAUCUCCACCGCCGCUGAAGCGUUGCAGAUUUUGCGACUGGGGUUGAGGCUCAGAGUGGCCGCCAACACCAGCUUGAAUGAGCACUCAUCCCGUUCUCAUGCAAUCUUCUCCCUGCUUUUGCGACAAACGCAGAAAAGCGGAAUUCGAGCGUGCAAGUUGGCAUUGGUUGAUCUUGCCGGAUCGGAGAAGGUCCGCAAAAGUGGUUCUGUGGGUGGCAUGCUGGAAGAAGCGAAGAAAAUCAACUCCUCCCUGAGUGCGCUCGGUCAUGUGAUAGAAGCACUUUCCGAGCGAAGGCCGCAUGUACCUUACAGAGACUCCCGCCUCACACGGCUGCUGGAAGAAUCCUUGGGUGGCAACUGCCGCACGACUCUCCUGGUGGCUUGUUCGUCGAGCAGCAUCCAUGCUUCCGAGACGUUGUCUUCACUGCGAUUCGCGGUCCGUGCGAGAAAGGUGGAAAACAGUGUUGGCCUGACUGUCAGCAGCCCCCACCAAUCCUCGCAAUCUUCCGACAGGCAGCUUGAGAGACGAAUUGCUCAGCUUCGUCGAGAGCUCGCCAGAUUGGAAAGUCGCAGAUCUGCCUCACGCUCCCUGUCGGCAGACAGGCGCAGGUCAUCAAGGUCUACCGUCGCAAAGUCGAUGUCCACAUCGUCAUUAAGUCCCGAACGCCCGCGCAGCAGCAGGAUAUCACCGGCUGCUGGUGCUACGAAGGACAACAAGGCGACCAGCCAUGCUGGGCAGAGCCACUUGGAUGUUCCAGAGGCACUGCCAAUUUGCAACAGCGUCACGUUGCUUGGCAGCUGCAGGAGCACCGCUGAUCCAGGAUCGGGUGUGUCGUCUACUUGCUCAGUGGCCGCUGUCUCGACAGGCUCCGCCGCUGGCACACCGCUUUCUCGAGAUCGUGAUGCAACUGCGAGAGAGGAAUCCCCAUGCCCGCCGACCACUCGCGGCAGCUACAGCUUUCUCAUUGAGGCGACACCUUUGGCUGACAUGCCGGUCACACUGAAGGGCUGGACUGCCAAUCAGUCGUCAGUGCAGAUUCUGUGUGGUGGCACAGACAUUUCUGAGGUGCAGCCCCUGGAGAUCGAAGGAGGUCGCCCCAUGGCAACGGAGAGGUCCGGUCGCUGCCGCGAGCUGGAGAGACAACUCGAAGCCGAACGGCGGCAGCAUGCGCUUGAGCUUGAGAGUCUUCAGCGGCAGCACAUCGAGGGGCGUCUUCAAGCCUCACUGACAUCGCUUUCGCCGGUGAGGAGCACUGCUCCGGGAGCCUCACGCUUGGCAGCGCUGGCCAAGUCCGUGCCAUGCUCGAACGUCGACAGCAUUGCCAGGACUCGAUCGUCAGAAGGGCUAAAGCUGUCGGCGAGGAAUGAUGAAGUCACGACAGACGUGCAAAGUAUCCUCGACUUUGGUGCCAAGUCGCGCAGCGAGCCUUUGGCUGCAAUUGCUUCCAUUGCUUGUUGUGAGCUGCAUCCUCUUUCUCGCGCGAAGCAGUUGAAAUCAACAGCCAAGAGUAUCGAUCUUGGAGAAGCGGGACAAGGCUUGGCCAGCGAGGUUUGCGCCUCCGCUGGUGGGCCCAAGUUGCCUUGCACCAGCGACUUUCUCAGAUUCGAGUUCGACACCGCACCGGAAUUGCACCCGAUGUCCAGCAUCAGGAAACGGUAUGCGAAAGCCGUCUUUGUUUGCUCUUUGCCAGUACCUGUGCAGCUCUCCGGAUACACGGUUGAUUCCCUCACCUCAGGGAUGCUUGCCGGAACGGCCAGGAUCAAGUCGCUUGCUGAUGGCUUCCGCCAUUGCCAAAGUCUGUCCUUGCGACCACUUGUGGCAGUGCCCGUGGUUACCGAAGCGAAGGACUGGCGGGACGAGGCGCUUCUGGUGCCGCACGAGUGCAUCCGCUGGUGGAAUGCCAACCUAUUGGAGAUCCUGGCCGACUUCGAGCCGGUGAAGCGCCCUACAUCUGCGUGGAAGACGAAGGUACUUAUGGAUUUCAUGGACAACUAUUACGUUCCCUGUGUCCAUCAUCACCACCGCAGCGAGGAGGAAAUCUACAAUCCAGGCAUCCUGGAAAAAUGCAAGAGCAUGGGCGUGGCUGAUCCAUUUACCAAGGUGAAGAAGGAUCACGAGACUCUCGUUGCUCUACUGGACAAGGUAGUCACGUUCCGGAAGCCGAUCGAAUCAGGCGAUGCCAAGGCAGUGGAGGAGUUCAAGACGGCCAUGAAAGAGAUGAUCAAGUUCAUGGAGGAGCACCUCGCCGAGGAAGAGCAGGACUACCCCAAGAUUUUCGCGGACUGUCAGCUUACGCAGGAGGAAGAGGGUGUUCUCUUGAACAAGAUUUUGGAAGGCCUGGGCUUAGACGGUAGCAAGAAAUUCUUGCCGCCCAUCAUGUACGCCAUGGUCUUGUGGAGGGGCAAGGACAAGAUGAUGGAGUGGGAGGCCAAGCUACCUGGGCCAAUUCGCAUGCUGAACAGCAACUGCUGGCUCAACGACUUCCACGAGAAUCAACUCCGUGUACUUGAGGCUCUCAAGAAGGAAGAGGCAUUCGAGCCUCACCCUCCGUCAUGCAAUUUAUGUUCCGUGAUGUAA